GGAUAAGCAGCUGAUCAUUUAGGACUGAGAUGAGGAGAAAUUUCUUCACCCAAAGCGAAUCUUUGGAAUUCGUGACCCCAGAGGAAUGCAGGUGUGCCACCAUUGAAGAGAGAGAGAUAAAACAAAUAUUGUUGAAGACUUUUGGAGUGAACUUGGAAUGGAACUUUCACUUUCUUGGUAAAGAGAUCAGCAAGUCAGCUUGACCAAACACAGGAUCCAUAUUGUCCAGGAUGCUGAGAGAGAAAAACCUUUGUGUUAGCCAGAUGAAAUGGAGCCUCAAUAAGAUUCUAUCUAAAGAAACAAUGCAGAGAUUUAUUACAGGUUGACUCCAAGUAUGCGACACUGUGUUGUUACUUCUAUUUCGACAUUAUUUCUCAAACACCCAAAGAUAUACAUGAUGUACAAUUAGGUAGGGAUACGAGCAGAGCAUUUUCCAUUUCCUGCCUAUGUGCAGCGAUGUGGCGCUCACGUUCCCCGCUGAACCGACAUUCGCCGAGAGGACUUUGGCAGACCUUGGAAGAAAAACACACAAACGCCGACCUUUCUAGCCAGAAAAACAAGAAGAUGGCGGCGAUGUGGCCUGCUCGGAUGUGGAAAUCGUCGGCACUGUUACCGCGGAGAUCGGUGGCACUGACUUUCACCAGGGCAAAUAGCAAAGGACAGCAACAGGACAAAGGGUGGUUUCGAUCAUUAUUUGUCCACAAAGUAAAUCAAAGAAAAGAUGCUCACUCCAAUCUUCUUUCCAAAAAGGAGACCAGCAGCUUGUAUAAAAUGCAGUUUCAUAAUGUGAAGCCAGAAUGUCUGGACGCGUACAACAGUUUAUCGGGGCAAAUAUUGCAAAAGCUACACAAUGAUCCUGACUACCCGUGUGAGAUCGUAGGGAGCUGGAAUACUUUGUAUGGUGAACAGGACCAAACGGUGCAUUUGUGGCGGUUUUCUGGUGGUUAUCCUGCUAUGACAGAUGCUAUGGAGAAGCUAUUACAGAAUCAGGAAUAUUUGGAAUACCGAAAGGAGAGGAGCAAGAUGUUACUGUCUCGUAAAAAUCAGUUACUCUUAGAAUUCAGUUUCUGGAAUGAACCAUUACCAAGAAUGGGGCCUAAUAUUUAUGAACUUCGGACAUAUUAUUUAAAGCCAGGGACCAUGAUUGAAUGGGGAAACAACUGGGCACGAGCCAUUCGAUUCCGUCAGGAAAAUAAUGAAGCUGUUGGUGGAUUCUUUUCACUGGUUGGUGACCUGUAUGUGGUGCAUCAUCUGUGGGCUUAUAAAGACCUUGAGUCCAGGCACGAAACACGGAAUGCUGCCUGGCAAAAGCCCGGAUGGGAUGAGUGCGUCUAUUAUACAGUUCCCUUGAUCCGCUACAUGGAAUCGAGGAUUAUGAUGCCGCUUACAGUCUCUACUUUACAAUGAUGAUCUCUUGGUUUUCUUAUAUUCCAAUUGGACAUAAAUCCUGUACAGAUUAAAUAUAGUCAUCAGUGUUUUUCUCAAAUGCUAGCGUUCAACUAAAAUGUAACCAUCCUCAUGGAAAGAUUGGUGUUUACUAGAUAUAUAGUAGCAGGUUGCACUUUAGCCAGCAUUUACAGAAUGGCAGAUUGUCUGUCAUUUGAGAAUAUUGCAGUUCUGUUAUCAGUAAUUGUAAUGCUGGAUUAUUUCCACUUUUUCUAACAUUCUAAUGUGUCAAUUAUCAGGUGCUUUUACUGGCACAAAAAUAGACUACUGCUGAAUUGAAGCACAAAUUAUUUUAUUUACUGUUAACAUUUUACUGUAUGUGGCCAUUUAUCACAUCUGAAGGGACAGUUUUUAAUGUACAGGAUCACUGAUGGUUUUUACAUGCCUUUCUAGAUUCUAUUUUAGCUUGACAUUGCUCACUUGAAAGCUACUGAGUGGUAUUACAAUAUUUUAAAAUGUCUUAGUAAUUCACAUGGGUAAUUUUGGAAAACAUUGCACUUUAUGUGCUGUCAGGUGUCUAUAAAUAAUUACUUACACUCUUUCCUUAAUUCCUUGAAAUGUUCCUUUUUUAGUGGAUGUUUUGUACAAACCCUCCUUUCCAUUAGAUAAGAUGGUUACAAAUGAUUGAUUGACAUGAAUUGCCAUUAGAAAAUUGAGGCCACAAAUUUCUGAUGUUGAAAACAAGAUUUGGUGCUGCAAUAAUUCAAGACUUUUUAAAAGGAAAACUGAAUCCAAUUGAAGCUGCUUACAUGACUGAUGCUGUACUCAGUGCACAUUUGAUAAUCCGACUUGGGAGAUGAUUUAGUGUUGAAUAGAUCUUGAAUUAUUUCAUAAUCUGUUUACAAUUGAAGUCUUGAAAUUGUGUUGUUGAUUUCUUUUUGUGAUUAACGUUUGUGAUGUAUUUUUAAAGAAAGUGUACAAAUUUUAAUUCUAAAACUAAUUAAAAUAUACAUUUUGAA